UUUAAACGAGGGGUUUAAGGAAGGCGUUGACAAGUCUUAACUUUCAUAACGAAUAUCUCUUUGGAUUUGAGCCUUUAGUCUUUGCAACUUUACACAUUUUUUAAUGCUCCAAGAGCUUGUAACACUUCAAAGAGAAAGGAAAAAUUUUAAUCGCAUCGUAUGACCCCUUUAAGUAAAUUUAUAUUCAAAUUUAGUACUCAAACAGUACGCAAUCUAGGCCGCAGUGCAACUCUAAGGCCACGUCCACACGGAGACGGAGCUUACCCCAAUCCGAUCUUUUUUUUCCUCGUCUCAAGAAAUAUCCGCGUCCACACGAAACCGCAAAAUGAUGUAGUAUACAUGCCAGACCAGUAUGUGGCGCUGUAACUCUGACACAGAGAUACACUAAAAACAGAGAAGAAGACUUGGACUAUGCUCAUAAACCUUGCGCGUGGUACGCAAACGAACAUGGAACAAUACAUUUAUUAAUCAGUGUUAAUGUUAGUUAAUAAAAAGACAAUCGUUCAGUGUUUGUUCAUGUUUUUGUUGCUGUUACGUGACGUAGAGGUGUCUGACUAGGGGGGAGAAGUGGGCUGAUGACGUCAUCGUUUCUGAAAAUAUACGGAUUAGCUGUCCAGACAAAAACGCAAAGACGGCGUUUUCAAAUUUAUCCACUCUGGGACCCAAAAACACCACUCUGGGAUCUGAAAACACCGGAUGCGUGUGGACGAAACGCCUAUCCGAUAAAAUUUUUUUGCGUAUUCACAGAAAUGCGUCUGCGUGUGGACAGGGCCUAAAGCUACUGUAUCGACUUGUAGCUAUAAGACAGUGAAGUCCACUCACUUAACUGUAGGGGGCGCAAAAAUACAUAAAAUUACAGUAGCUUAAUGCAUACAGUUAUAACUGCUGAUUUAACAACUUAUGUAAUUUAUUUCAAAAGAAAACAUAUUUUUAAGACCUUCCGAUGCACAACAUUUUCCCUUAGAAAAUCAACCAUGGUUUUAUUAUAGUAAAAGUGAAGUAACCAUGGUUUUUUGGCAUAUUGACUACCAUUUUGACUACAGUUUUGCUGCAAAUACCAUAUUUAAACUACUUGUAGCAAAGCCAUGGUUAAUCUGAGGCUACUAUGGAUUAACUCUGUUUUUUUUUUUAACCAUGGUUAAUUUUCUUAAGGCCUUAGACAACCCCCUGAAUUUGCUUUUUGAACAUAUUAUGCUUACAGCCUUUGAUUAUUAGUUUCAACAAAACGCUUACAAUGUAACUUUUAAGUUCACUUGUACCCUUUUGAAUACCUGUAUAUAAUACAUGUAUGGGAGUUGAAGGGGGUCUAACUGUGUAGAAAAGAGGGGGAAACUCUUGAAUCACGCUUUCCCCUUGUCAAUGUAAGAGGAUGGGCUGAGUAAGGCUGGGAAAUUGGUGUCUCAGUGACGUCUACACAGGCAUUAUUUUAUUGCGGCAGCUCUUCUCCAUAGCGCGAGCUCAAACACAAGAAGAGCUCCUGCAGGUGGAAACAUGAAACUGUAAGUGCCAUCAGUGUGACAAAGAAGCUGGAUUAUCAAAAACAUUUCUGAGAAUUGCUUUUUUUAAAUUAUAAUUAAUAUUGUUGUUGUUGCUAUGAAAAUGUGACAAAGGCUUAUAUUGUGAUGCGCGUGAAUGAUCACAUUUUGCUGAAACCCCGUCGUUGUUGGACUCCAGUAAACUUUAAAGGAUUUUUUUCUCUUCUGGAGAAUUAAUAAACCAAGAAAACUAAGUGCAGAAAACCUUUUCACAACGAAGUGUCAAAAUCUCACGUUGAAGAUGAACAACCAAAACAUCAGUAAUUUAGACAGACCUGAGGGCAACAUAGACUUAGAGGCACCUGAAAAAACAUUAUUUGGCAUCGGCACCGACAACUUCGUAACGCUUCUGAUCUUUGGACUAAUUUUUACUCUAGGCGUCCUGGGAAACUCUCUAGUUAUCACUGUUCUGGCUCAACGCAAACCUGGACAGCACCGAAGCACCACCAACAUCUUCAUCCUCAACCUCAGCGUGGCAGAUCUGUCCUAUCUGCUCUUCUGCAUCCCUUUUCAGUCCACAGUUUACAUGCUGCCCACAUGGAUCCUGGGUGCCUUUAUUUGCAAGUUCAUCCACUACUUUUUCACCGUGUCCAUGUUGGUGAGCAUCUUCACUUUAUCAGCCAUGUCGGUGGACAGGUAUAUCGCCAUAGUGCACUGCAGGAAGUCCUCUUCCAUUCGAGUUGCGAGGCACGCAUUGAUCGGGGUGCUGGUCAUAUGGGUGCUCUCUUUCGCCAUGGCCACACCGGUCGCCUACUACCAGAGCAUCGUGGAAAGUGAAGACAACAGCACGUUUUGCUGGGAAGUGUGGCCAGAUCACAGCAAGAGGAAAAUCUACGUGGUGUGCACUUUUAUCUUUGGAUACGUGCUGCCGCUGAUUCUGAUAUCUUUCUGUUAUGCCAAGGUCCUGAAUCAUUUGCAUAAAAAGUUAAGAAAUGUCUCCAAAAAGUCUGAGGCAUCAAAAAAGAAGACUGCUCAGACAGUUCUGGUGGUUGUGGUGGUCUUCUGUCUGUCCUGGCUGCCUCAUCACGUGGUGCACCUGUGGGUUGAGUUUGGCUCCUUCCCCCUGAACCAGGCGUCCUUCGUGCUCCGUGUUGCGGCUCACUGUCUGGCCUACAGCAACUCGUCUGUUAAUCCUGUUAUCUAUGCGUUCCUCUCAGAGAACUUCAGGCAGGCGUAUAAGCAGGUGUUCCGCUGUCAGGUGGCUUCUGAGUGCCCUACAAAUGAGGCCAGAGAGAUGAAGAGCAAGACAGAAGCAGCACCAUCCACCAACUGCUCCACUGUCUAAUUCCUGCAGCUGUUGUCUUUGUCACUAUUUAUCAUGGCUUACAGAUGCUUACAAAUGAGCUGAGGUUGAGUUUUUGAGCCUGGGAGGAGGCAAGAAGCUACAGUACAUAGAUACUGAUUAAAAUUUAACACGGCUAGAUAUUUGAAUCGGUUAUAUGAUUGGAGGUUUGGAUGGCUGCCUUUUUAAGUGCUCCUGACAUGUUAAAAAAGCAUUUGCUGUGUGCUUACUCACGAUGAUGCAUUUCCUUGGAGCGCAAUCCAGACCUUACUUAGCACCUGCUGUGAAGCCGUAGUGAUGUAUGGCCUGUAAAUAUGUGCAAUCAAAAAAAAAAAAAAAAAAAAAAAAAAAAAAAGAAAAAAAGAAAAAAGAGAGAUGGUAAGAGGUAAAGAUGGUAAGUACAAUGGGGUUCCUUCACGGAAAAUAAUCUGAAAUGUAUCACUGUUUUACUGAGUCAUGUUAUAGACUUUCAAAGUCCAAAUGCUUGUUUAGCAUUAUAAUUAUUAUAAUAAUUUUCUUGCAUUAUGACAAAUGCUUUUUAUAUGCAUGUCCCAUGUCAACAAUGUUGCUUAUUAUGUGACAUUAUCAACGCGGGAUCUGUUUUUUCAUUUCCUUCAGGGAAAAUUAUAAAAAAAUAAAAAAAUAAAAGUAAAUUAUCUUGAGCCUUUCAAA